GUUCGACGUACUCUAAAUUGCACCAGCAGUUUACCUCAUGCAACCUCAAAACGGUACUGGACAACCUCCAGAGAGCACGGAAGGAAAUGCAAUCGAAUGUAAUGGAGAUACUGAAGUUAAUGGGCUCUCCGUGCCCAGGGGUGAAGACUUAAAGCUGGAGCAAGUAGAAGAAGAUUCCACUCAUGAGCCCAAAGGUGCGGAAGAAAAGACGCACAACGAUGGAAUCCAGAGUAUCAAGGAACGCAUCAUCAGCACGAGUCGACUACUGAAGAUUCUAGAGAAGCAGCGCUCUGAUAACCAAGUCACCAAUGAAAAGGUAAUCGAGUUGGAGGCGCAAAUUCGACAACUGGUUAAGGAAAAGGAAAUAGCGUCCAAGCAAGUUGACAACCAGAGUAUGGAACUUGAAAAACUCCGGAAAGCUCAUCAACAGCAGUUGGAUGAGUUGGCAGAAGUUAAAAUCGAGAAAAAUCGGAUCAGCAAGGAGAUCGACCAAGCUCUUCAAGACAAGGAAAAGGCAGAGAGUGCUAAACGAAGCUAUGAGAUGCUUUGUGAGCAAUUGAAAGCGCAGAACGCUGAACUAGGCGCAGGAAUCACACCAGACGAAAAAUUGAGAAAGGAUGUGAUAAAACUGAGAAGUCUCACAGACCAGUACAAGGCGCAGGCACAAAGCAACAGCAUCGCACUGAAAGCAGAACAACAAUCUAACCAAGCUACCACUUCGAAAUUGGGCAACUUACAACAAAAUGUAGACAUGUUGGAAAAGCAAAUAGCUGAUCUGCGUGACGAAAAUUCCGAAUUGUCUCAGUCCAACGAAAGUUUGAAUGAACAAAUAUUCGAAAUGAAUCUAAACCAUCAAAUGGAAAUUAAUGAAUUGAAGGACCAAUUGGAGCAUGCGGAGCGAAGUCUGAAGGAGAAGGUAGAAGCUGAUCAAAACCGCGACGAUGCCACUUCAGCAAAGAACGACGCUAUCGCUACAGCAAUAAGUACCGAGAAUGCCAAGAAUCACACCAAAAAAGUAGAGGCAUUUAAGAAGGAGCUGGCACAAGUCAAACAAGAACUAUUGCAACAAACUAAUCGCGCAGUUGCGUUGGACGAGAAGUUUAAAUCGGCUAAUGAGAAGAACAACCAGAUAGAAAAGCUGAAGUCAGAGUUGAAGGAAUCCAAACAAACAAAUGAGAAAUUGCAGAGAACCAUAGAAGCUAACAAAAAGUCAACGGACGCCACUACCAAAGUUCAACAGCUCGAGCAACGGCUUGCCGACCUGCAGACCGAGUUAUCCAAGGCACACGAGCAAGCCAAUCGAAUGAAAGCUCAAGCUGUGACUACCAGUAUCAGCGAUAAACAAGAAGCCAAUGCCGAUAAGUUCGCGGCUCUUCACGCUGAAUAUCAAUUGGCGAUGGUAGAAAACAAGUACCUCAAAAAAGCAAAGGUAUGUUUUAGUCAAAUGUUUUCAUCUUGACCCAUUCGGUAUCUGACCUAUGGUUUCACGUUUAGGAUGUCUUGCAGGACAAGACGACUGAUUUCCUCAUUAGAAUUGACGAGCUUGAGAAGCAGUUACGUGGAUCUAUUCAAGAUGUUAUAACGAAUGGGGUUGAUCUGUUAAUGGACAAGGAGGUUCCGUUUGGAGGAACAGAACGGCAGGGAGCUCAUACUGCUUUGGAACAAAGAGAUAUACCACAAAUUACCAAAAGCCCUCUCACGCCAUCUAAGCAGAUAAAAUCGGCUGAGGUUAACAAAGAGAAUGUUCGA